UUGUCUUAUGAUAGUCUUGGGCUUGAAUGCUGAUCGACUUGUUCUUAUAAGUAUAAUAUUAUUUAAUUCGAUUAGUUAAACAUUGUUGAGACACAUUAGGUAUAAAAGGAAUAAACAUGUUCCGUUUAGUGAAGGUUAGCGAGAAUGCGUUAUUACCUGCUAUUAAAUAUACCAGGGCUAUGUCUGUGGCAACCCAUAAAGAACCAGAGAAGCCAUCAAUCAAGACAGCGGUUCCUGGCCCCAAGACUCAGCAGUUGUUGGGUGAACUGAACAAUCUACAGCAAGCUCAGUCUGUUCAACUGUUUGGCGACUACGACAAAUGCUUCGGCAAUUACUUCGUGGACGUGGACGGGAACGAGUUUCUGGACGCUUUUACCCAAAUAUCGUCGGUUCCGAUAGGAUACAACCACCCUGCGUUGCUGGGAGCUUUUGAAGAUAAACACGCCCUUAAAUCCCUUAUCAACCGGCCAGCGCUCGGAGUGUUCCCAUCCGCGGACUGGCCAUCGAAACUCACGAGCGUGUUGCUCCCCGUGGCCCCGCGCGGCCUGGACCACGUGUCCACCAUGAUGUGCGGCUCGUGCUCCAACGAGAACGCCUACAAGGCCGUGUUCUUCUGGUACCGCACCAAGCAGCGCGGGGGCAAGGUGGACUUCGCGCCGGAGGACACACACUCCUGCAUGGUGAACCAACCGCCGGGAUCGCCGGACCUGGCUAUAAUGUCUUUUGAGGGAAGUUUCCAUGGUCGCACCUUCGGAGCCUUGACCACCACGAGGUCGAAGCCCAUACAUAAAAUAGAUUGCCCGGCCUUCGAUUGGCCCGUGGCCCCGUUCCCGAGAUACAAGUACCCACUCCAUGAGAAUGAAGCCUACAACGAUCAGGAAGAUAAAAGAUGCCUGGAACAAAUAGCGCGCAUCAUAGAAGAGCGUGAGAAAUCCAGCAAGCCGGUGGCGGGCAUAGUUGUGGAGCCGAUACAGUCUGAGGGCGGAGACCACGAAGCGUCCCCGGCGUUCUUCCAGAACCUACAGCAGAUCUGCAAGCGCACGGGAGUAGCUCUGAUCGUAGACGAGGUGCAGACCGGGUGCGGACCGACGGGCAAGAUGUGGGCGCACGAGCACUUCCAGCUGCCCUCGCCCCCGGACCUCGUCACGUUCAGCAAGAAGAUGCUCACGGGCGGCUAUUAUACCUCUGCUGCGUUCAGACCUGCACAAGCGUACAGGAUUUUCAAUACCUGGAUGGGAGACCCAGGCAAGCUAAUCCUUCUGGAACAAGUACUUCGCGUCAUUCAGCAAGAGAAUCUAUUAAGCAAUGUUCAGAAAACUGGAAAAGUUUUGAAAGAUGGUUUACAUGAUCUCGAGAAAGAAUUCUCCAACACGAUAAACAGUGUGCGCGGUCGGGGCACGUUCCUGGCGUUCAACGCGCCCAACGCUAGCUUGAGGGACAAGAUCAACAAUGACUUGAAGAAAAAUGGCGUGCUAGGCGGCACCUGUGGGGAGACGGCCAUCCGCCUGCGGCCCGCGCUCACGUUCCGGGAGAAACACGCGCACGUCUACCUCGACAUCCUCAGGAAAACACUCAAGGAACUUUAAGCGUACCUCGUUCCUAGUCAACCGCAUUACAUACGGCUUUCAUUUUAUGCUGAUACUUUGUGAUAUUAAUUUUACAGAAAUUAUUUAUAUAUUAAUACAUACAUGUAUUGAUUUGACGACCUUUCAUAUUUGCAUAUAAAGUCAGUAAAUAUAAAUCGUCUCGUAUCAGCGAAAUAACGGCACAGGCUAUGUCGCAUACUUAAGAAAGGUCCUUACCAUCACUUGUAAUUUUUAUUAUGGUAAUUUAAUAUUUGUAUUUUCCUUGAACUAGGUUUAAAUUGAUGCCAAACGUGAGAUAUUAUAUGUUGUAAAUUAUACAUAUAGGUAGUCGAGCGAAGAAUAUGGUCAGUAUUUUAAACCUUAUGCAACCAGUAUUAUUUUUAAGUGAUUUUUUUAAUACUAUUUACUAUUAUUAUAUGCCAUAAUUGUAUUAAAUAGUUACAAUAUUAACUAUAGGGUAGUAUAUAUAGGUUCGUUUAUGGAACUGUUUUGUGAAUUCAGUAUACUUAAUAAGAAAUGUAUUACGAAAUGUCAAAUUUAAACUAUGCAAUACUACAUUGUAGAUACUCAAAAGUCUUCCAAAAUAAAAAUAAUUUAUGUGGA